CUUCACUGGCAUUGGGGACCGCCGCAGUGCCUGGGCGGACGGUUUCACCGCGCAGGCGUUGGGUCGCUGUUUCGUCGCGGCCGGAGCGAAGUGGGGGAGAGGGCGAGGAGGGGAGGGGGUAGCCUUGCCAGCAGGCGUUCGCCAGGGGCACCCCUCCCGGCCGAAGGCCCCUGCGGGCAGGCCGCCACCACCUUCUGCGCCCGUCGCCCGUGGCAACAGGGGAAGCCACGGCGGCGCGGCCUGGCGCAAAGGCCGGGUCCAGGGUCCAAAGCCCGGGCAGUGCCUUUGCCAGGUUGCGGGCCCUGAGGCUGCCCCGUCCCCUGGUGCCAUGGCCGCUGAUGUGGUGGUUGUGGGAUCCUGUAUGACCGACCUCGUCAGCCGUACUACACGAUUGCCAAGAGCAGGAGAAACUAUCCUCGGACAUAAAUUUUUCAUUGGUUUUGGUGGGAAAGGAGCCAACCAGUGUGUCCAGUCUGCUCGACUUGGGGCCAACACCUCGCUGAUCUGCAAGGUUGGGAAGGAUUCCUUUGGCAAUGAUUAUGUUGAAAAUUUGAAGAAGAAUGGUAUUUCUACAGCAUUUGUAGGUCAGACUACAGAGGCUGCUACUGGAACUGCUUCAAUAAUUGUCAACAACGAAGGACAGAACGUUAUCGUCAUAGUCCCGGGAGCCAACCUGCUUUUAAAUUUUGAAGACUUGAAAAGGGCUUCUGAUGUCAUCCAGAAAGCCAAAGUGCUUGUUUGCCAGCUAGAAAUAAGCCCGGCUGUUUCUCUUGAAGCUCUGAAAAUGGCACGUGCCAGUGGAGUAAAGACUUUGUUUAAUCCAGCUCCAGCCCUUGUUGACCUAGAUCCACAAUUUUAUACCCAUUCUGAUAUCUUCUGCUGCAAUGAAACUGAGGCUGAAAUUUUAACGGGCAUCCCAGUUGGCAACCUUGAAGAUGCUGAAAAGGUGGGACACACGCUGUUAGAAAGAGGGUGUAAGCUCGUAAUUGUUACUCUUGGAGCAGAAGGCUGCAUGAUGAUAUCAGUAGAAGAACCCAUUCCAAAGCACGUUCCUGCUGGGAAGGUCAGGGCUGUGGACACUACGGGAGCUGGAGACAGUUUUGUGGGAGCACUGGCCUUCUACCUGGCUUACUAUCCCAAGUUACCCAUGGAGGAAAUGAUCAGGAAGUCUAACUGCGUCGCAUCAGUGAGUGUCCAGGCAUCAGGGACGCAAUCUUCAUAUCCUUACAGGAAGGACUUGCCUCAAGACCUUUUCUAAUUGACAUUGUCUGCUCAAUGUACUGAUUUUAUCUUCUCCCAGACGUUUUUCUUCUGACUGCACCCUGAGUCUCCUCUGCUGACUGGAAAGACCAGGAG